AUGGCGGCGCUGAGCAAGUCCAUCCCCCACAGCUGCUACGAGAUCGGGCACACCUGGCACCCGCGGUGCUCCUGGGCCGUCCUGCACGUCACGCAGGGGGCGCUGGCCGAGUCCCUCCGCAUCUACGGCACCCUCUACCUGAUUGCAGCUAUUCUCAGGAAACGAAAACUUGACUAUUAUUUGUACAAACUGCUACCUGAGAUCUUGCAAUCAACUUCCUUUCUGACAGCAAAUGGGACCUUGUAUAUUGCUUGCUUUUGCAUUCUAAGGAAGAUACUUGGAAAAUUCUACUUUUGGUCUCCUGGCUUUGGCGCUGCUUUACCUGCUUCUUACAUGGCUAUUCUCAUCGAAAGGAAAAGCAGGAGAGGUCUCCUCACAAUUUACAUGGCCAAUCAAGCCACAGAAACAUUGUUCCGAAUGGCAGUGGCAAGAGGAGCUAUUACACCUUUAAGACAUGGAGAAGUCCUUUUGUUCUGCAUCACAGCUGCUCUGUUCAUGUUCUUUUUCAGGUGCAAAGAUGGCUUGAAAGGAUUUACAUACUCUGCACUAAAGUUCAUUGUAGGGAAAGAAGAAAUCCCCACUCAUUCAUUUUCACCUGAAGCAGCGUUUUCAAAAAUAGAUAGAAAGAUAAAGCAUUGUGAAAAAAUAUCACAGCCAAUGAACAUACUGGCUCUAACAAAAAAGCUCAUGGACAAAGUGUGCAAACAUGGCCCAAGGCAUAGAUGCUGUAAACACUAUGGAGAUAAUUGCAUCUCAUAUUGUAUUAAAGGCUUCAUUAGGAUGUUUAGCAUUGGUUACCUGAUCCAGUGUUGCCUUCGGAUUCCAUCCACCUUCCGGCAUCUGUUUACAGAACCAUCCCGGCUACUUUCCCUCUUCUACAACAAGGAAAAUUUCCAGCUUGGAGCUUUUCUGGGAUCUUUCGUCAGUAUCUACAAAGGUACUAGUUGCUUCCUGCGUUGGGUACGAAACCUAGAUGAUGAGCUUCAUGCACUUGUAGCUGGGUGUCUAGCAGGAAUUUCUAUGAUGUUUUACAAAAGUACUACUAUCUCUAUGUAUCUGGCGUCCAAAUUAGUAGAGACUACAUACUUCAAAGGCAUUGAAGCAGGGAAGGUUCCCUAUUUUCCUCAUGCAGACAGCAUCAUCUAUGCCAUUUCUACAUCGAUAUGCUUUCAGGCCGCUGUCAUGGAAGUUCAGAACCUGAGACCUUCGUACUGGAAAUUUCUUUUACGACUAACGAAGGGCAGGUUUGCUCUCAUGAACAGGAAAGUUUUAGAUGUAUUUGGUACCGAAGCAUCUAAGAACUUCAAGGAUUUCACACCUAAGCUUGACCCAAGAUACACGGUUGUACCACCAGAGCUACCGCUGGAGCUGUCUUGAAAAUAAUAGUAUAUCUUGUCAUUGAAUGUGAUCAGCAUUUUGUCCUGAAAAGUUAAUUAACUUAACAGUCGUAUAUAUGGAGGAGGGCUGGGGCUCCACUUCAGUAUUAUUUCAAUGAGAAAUGCUUUUUACCAAUCAAAAAUACUGAAGCUUUGCAGGAAGGUGUGGCUUAGUGAUUAAGCCCCUUCCGUACACAGAAAAUAUUGCUGGAUUACUGUAGUUGGUUGACAGUAUGGUAGAUUCCUGAAUGAAUUAAACAAAUGAGUAAUAUAUUUAGAGAAGUAAAACGUAAAUAUGCGUAAUAAUUUCAAAAAUUCUGUAGUUCAUACCAGUAGAAUAUUUCUUGGUAAAACUAAAAGUAAUUCUUAAUUUACAAAGGAAGACAACUGGCAUAGUUUAGAUCCAAAAUUUUACCUGAUCUUAAAACUAUUGCAGGCGGGUAAAAAUGUCUCCUUGGCUUUCUAAAUUGUGUCACUGAUUUAUCUCAAAUGAGCCACUGCCCACUCAUUACUGAAAAGUACAGUAUUUUUACAUAGCCAUGGUCGCAAAAUAAGGCAUUCCUUAGGAAAAGAAAAUGUGUAUUAAUUCAGAAAUCACAUUCCAGGGCUGUAGAUCCCACUGACGAUACGGAUAACAGACAAGGAAAAUAAGAAGGCAGUACCAGUGGCUGCUGCGCCGUGAGGAGCAGCGGGGUGUGGUGGUCAGUAUCUGCCAAGUGGAAAAUGACAAAACCGGCAGAGGAAGGAAUGAAACGUUCCAGCCUCUGAGAUGGUGCUGGAAACAGCAGACAGUUACAAAAAUAAAAAAGCCAAGAACAAAACAAAACAAAAAAAACCUCCCCCAAAAUAUACUGAAAUUAAAUGUUUAUUUUUAAAGGGCUUGACAUUGUCACUUUAGAUGGCAUCGGGUUGUUUGUCAAGCUGCAACGCCAGCCAGCAUUUCCAGCGUCCUUUAAAAGAGAACUGACCCCUGAGGUUAGACUGUUACAAGAGAACAGUUUUGGCGAUCGUAUUAAUAGUAUUUUUCCCUUGUACUCGGUGAAGAGUGGUUUGCUGUUGGUCCAUCAGACAGCCACGACUGGGACAGUUAUAUUAAAUUUAAUAUGGUACUCAAUGCAAAUAACUACCUACGCAAAUUCCGUCUCAUUUUUACCCUGCGUAUUUCUGCAGAUAGUAGCGUGUGUUCUAAAGUGAGACCGUGACAUGCUAAUUGCUUUUUUUGUUUUUGGGGGCUUUUUUUUAUUAGAAUCCAUUCAGGUGAUGCUGAAUGGUGUUCGUUACCCUAGAACUUAAUGAAAAGAUGAACUAUAUUCACAUUCAACUGAAAAGAGACGAGGUAAGCCAGGGAAUAGAAAUUGCAGUAGGUUGCAUGUAUUUUAAAAAGAAAAAAAAAGAAGAAAGCAGUUUUUUAUUGGAAGUCUUUGUCAGAUGAUAUGAAUUGGAUUUAUUAAUAGAAUCUUUGUCUUGUAACACUGUAAUCCUACCCCAGCCUUAAGCAUAUUUUAAUUCCCAUUCGUUUAAUUUCUUAUUACCGAAUAUGCAGUAAUUUUUAUCAGAUUUACAGAAAUGUCAUGAAAAUUGUACCAGUCUGUGCACAAAAUCUGCUUCUUCAUCAGCUACUGUAACAGAGAUGCUUUAUCACUGUUACUAAAGGUGCUUCAUCCUUUAAAACAGUGGUUGUCCAAGUUAGUGUGAAUAAAGUUCUGCAAGCUAGUUUGUAUGCAAUAUUUUAUUGCUUGAAAUAUUAUAUUAAAAUUCCUCAAAAGGAAAUAAAAGUUAAUUCAACAAGAACUUUAAAAGGAUCGUAAUAGGUUUGUAGUGUUUUUCCACUGGAAUAUGGUCUAAAAUACUUGACCUUGUAAAGUCUGAGAAGUUAUAUAUUUUAGGUAAUAUGUUAGAACUCACACACUAUAUUAUGAAUACUUUCUAGUGUAACUAUAUACCAUUCUCGAACUUCAAGAUAUUUUAUAGAUGGAUUAAUUUUCUUCACUGGAAUGACAAUUGUGAUUGUUUCUCUAUUUGAGUUAAAAAGUAUCCAAGUACUACAUCUCAGCAGCUAAACAACAGUUUUGUCUAUGUUUUCUUGCUUCACAGUCCUUGUUUCGAGUUAUUUUCAUGUAAGAUAAAAAGAAAUUAAAAUUUUUUAAAUUAUUUUUAUUCAAAUCAAGUAUAUGUAAGAGAAAAACAAUAAAGUCCUAAUGUUUUUCCCAAUAAUAAACAGUUGCUGCUU